AUGCCGAGUCUCCUGCAUUUGGGGGCAUUUUUGUUACAGAAGCCACAGAAGUUCCUCCAUGCAUGUAUGUGUGCUAAUGUGGCUUGUGACAACACUCUGUCUCUUCUUUCCAAACACUUUCUUACUGUAGUGGUGAAAGGGGCAACUGCAUUAGGGAAAGGAGCUCAGGAGUCUAGGGAAUUAUUUGCUGUCUGGAAGGUGGUUCUCAGUGCUGCUGCCUGUUGGGUCAGAAAGAUGCCUGCUCCAACAUCAGAAUUUUGGAACUACAUCCCGGAAGAAAUCCUUGUCCAUAUAUUUUACUACCUGUCACUCCGAGAUAGAUACACAGCCUUCCAAGUGUGCAAACAUUGGGCUGCAGCUGUUUCCACUAGCUCCGUGUGGCAUUUCACAGAGAUCAGUUGUGAUUCGGAGAACGAGGAGGGCAUGCUGCAGAGUUUACACCAGUUCCUGAGCCAGAUCAAACACCUGAAGAUUGUGUUUGAUCAGUCCAAGGAAAUAAAUCGGAAGAACGUCACCCACAUUCUAGACCUGUUGGCCAGGCAGAACCACAAGCUGCAGAAGCUGUGCAUCAUGUGCAAAGGGGAGAACCCUUAUUUCUACUCUGGCCAGGACAUCCUGCAGAGCAUACGAAAUAUAUGCCAGAGAGAAAACCAAAUAGACCUUCAGCAUAUUGAUUUCCGGAGAAUGCCGUUCACCCUGGAUGAUGGGCUUGUUGGACUCAUAGCCACCAGCAGCCCAAACCUGCGCAGCUUGUUCAUCAACAACCGCACUCUGGUUUGCAACGUGAAGCCAGAAACCAUCAGAGAGGUUCUGAAUGUAUGUCCUAAGUUGUCUACCUUGGGAGUCUACUAUGCCAGCCUGUCUAAUGAUGUGUUUGCAGAACUGAUCAAGCCAGAGAGAGGGGCUUUCACACACUUAGAUAUUUUUUGUGAGCGCUUGGACAAAUAUAUUCCAGUCAUCACUGAAGAGCUUUGGGCUGCCGUGGUCCAGAAGCAUCCUCAACUCUGUGUAGACCUGGAGUUUGAUCACACAGUCCCUGCCCGGAAGAUACCCCAGAUCCUAAAGCCCAAUAUACCCGUAGGUACUUUACAACUGAAUACUUUUACGUACAUGGUGAACCACGUUAGGUUUGUCACCAGCAGUUACAGCAGGACCUUAAACAGGCUGGUUAUCCACACGACCCCCUCGGACGAUUUGAACUCCUCGCUAAUAGACCUGGCAAGGAAGUGUGUCAAUCUAACAGAGAUUCAUUGUUACUGUGUGGUUAGUCAGGAAGUGGUAGAUACCUUCCUCGUACACUGCCCCAGGCUGAAACGAUACACUCUCAAGAUUACCAAAGAACGUCACCCCUGGAAGCCGACAGUAGUUCAGUGACGU